AAGAGGGCAACCCGAUUUUGGGGUGAUUUCUAGAGAGAUUCAACUAUUGUUGCUUCAUCCUUUCUUCUAUAUUGUAGUCACCACCACCGUCAUCCUUUGUGGGUGAGAAAACUUGAGGCAACCAAAGUGAUUGAAGGGUGUGAAUCGAGCCCGGGUCAGGUGGUGUUCGUUUGAUGUUCUUAUUUUUUGAAAUCAAGAUUUCUCGAAACUUCUGCAGCACUCUUGAAUGGGUAUGCGAAGAAAUAUCAUAUAUCACAAUAAGUCAUUAUAUAUUUGGAGCAUAAAAUAAAGAGGUGAGAGCGUGGGACAAAAAGUAAACAAGCGAGAAUACUUUUCCCGGCAAAAUCUAAGGCUUCUUCUUCUAGUAGGCCCUACCAAAGAUUUUCUAGCAUCUAUUUUUCUCUAUAUAAGACUCUUCUCCUUUCCCUCAGCCUUCCCUUCACAAGUGUUACUUCUUGCUUCUUGUCCUUUGCACUACCUUUUUUACAUAUAUGUGUGUCAGUUGAAUAUGGUAUAUUUUAUGUAUAAAUCCGCACAAGUGAGCAUUGAUUAAGGUUUGGCACAUAUAUUUUUAUAUAUGAAGAUUGAAUAUAUAUAAUAUUAUACAGUAGAUUGAGCAUAUAUACAUAUAUAGUAUGAAGGAGAACGGUAGAAAACAAGGUGCAGCUUCACCAUGUGCAGCAUGCAAGUUACUGAGAAGAAGAUGUGCCCAGGAUUGUGUAUUUGCUCCUUAUUUUCCUGCUGAUGAGCCUCAAAAGUUUGCCAGUGUGCAUAAGGUCUUUGGUGCUAGCAAUGUCAACAAGAUGUUGCAGGAUUUGCCUGAGCAUCAACGCGGUGAUGCAGUGAGUUCCAUGGUUUACGAAGCAAAUGCCAGAGUUCGAGAUCCAGUAUAUGGUUGUGUGGGAGCAAUAUCAUCUUUACAACAACAAAUUGACACCCUACAAGCUCAAUUGGCACUAGCACAGGCUGAAGUGGUACAUCUACGAAUGCGCCAGUAUUCAUCGAUCCCUGGCACUGCCUCUAAUUCACCGGAAAAUGCCUUGCCGCCAUCCAAUCAUUCGCACUCUCAGUCGACGAAGUCCCUUUUUAACAUGGACAUGGAGGUAGAUCAUACCAAUAUGGAAGAGUCCUUGUGGUCAUGCUAGUUUAGCAUGCCUGCCUAGUCUUUUCUAAUACUGCUAUUAUGGUCUCUUCUUUAUUGUCUGCCUUUUUUUUUCUCCUGCUUUUUCUAAUACACAUCUUUAUACCACAUAUAUCCCCCCACUUGACCCAGAUGUGAUGAUGAUUGAUGACCAUCAUUAACCAUAUUGUAAAUAUAAUUAUUAGUUAUAAUUAUUGAAGUAAUGUAAUAUGAAGAAGUGGAUUAUUUUGCUUAA